UUUCCAGCCGCGUCCGUCUGGGCGUGUGAAUUGCCGCGAUUCGGGCAGCCAGCGGGGCGAGCGCGAGGCGAGGCUCCCGCGCCCCUCGCCGGCGGUCGGGAGGCUGACGCGGAAGUGCUCGGGACGAAGAGCGCGCUCGAAGGCCGUCGCUGCGCCCGGACGGAGGGAAGUAAGAAGCAGAUCGUAAUCACACGCAGGAUGACUGAAAGGACGGGAGGAGGGUUCCUGAAGGAGUCUGCCACGGACUUCCUCAAGCGCUCGUCGUCCGUGGAGAUCCUAACGCCCACGAACGGCCAGCUCCUGGCGCGGCGUCCCAACAUCAGCACGAGCCACCUCCCCGAGCCGGCGACCAAGACCGGGGCCAAGGGCGAGGCCGCGCCCGUGAUGACCCCGCCGGAUCGGCAGACGUCGGCGAGCACGGGGACCCUCGCCCUGUCGUCCAAGAACGGCGCGCCGAUGCAAAACGGGACGGUCUCCCCGCGCAACCAGCGCAGCCUAGAGAACGUGCGUCUCGGGGAAAAGGCUCCCAAGCCCCACAAGAGAAAGGGGCCGCAGCUCCCUCCCCUCCACAUGCCCCAGAGGAAUGCCCCGACGCCCCCCAACGCCACGCCCCAAGGCACCCCGAUCAUCGGCGAGCGGGGACACAUCUUCACCAUCUCCAGCGCCGUGCCCGACGACCCGAUCUCGAAGAAUCCUGGCCGGAGAGAAAGCGGCCCCGACCCGAACCCCCUGGCCAAGCGACGCCCCUCCGCAGCGACGCCCGUGGCAUCCCCGAAGGAGGACGAGGAUGAGCCCGUCUGGCAGAGGAGGCUGUCGCAGCUUUUCGUUCCGCCGAGAGAGGACGAGUUCGACCAUGAGAAGGAACUUCAGGAGACGGCGUUCCUCCUGCCGAAGGACUCCCCGAAGUUGAAGCCCCGAAAGCCCCCCACGCCCGUCGACGAGGUCCAACCCAGCGCCCACGCCCACAAAGCGCCCACCGCCGCCCCCGCCCACGCCGAGAAGAAGGGGAAGAGCGACAGACAUGAUAAAGGUCCGGAAGGGAGGAUAGAUCUCAAGGACGACAAGAAGAAGAGGAAGAACAGGAGGGUCGAGGAGGACGACGCCGACCGCCUCUCCGUGCUCGACAAGCUCGAGAGCGGCGGCCUCGACAGUGACUUCGAGUCGUCUUCCUCGUCCUCGUCCUCCUCGUCGGACUCCGAGCGCGAUGAAGAAGCCGGCGGCGAUGACUACAUGUCCUGGGACGACACGAUCUGCUCCAACCGGUCGGCCUAUUUCAAGAUGUAUUAUACCCAACGAGGUGUGAUUGGGGCCCAAGCUGACAACAAGUCCAAAGCAUCAAGAGCAUCUUCGCAGAAUUCCCUCUCGUCACUUAUAAGGGAGAGGAUGGGGAAACCAGACAACCCGAAAUCCAAAACAAGAGCAGACUUAGGUCUCAUGGUGCUUGUUGCGUUUCUCUUCAUUGUUAUUGUUGCCGGGAUUUCACUCACAACAUACUUCUAUAACCUGCAUUUGCUGGAGCUAUCCAUCUUUAGCCAAAUCAAAUUUUUUGAAGCACCAAGAAUUCUUGAGAUAUACAACCCUGAUUGGAAGCCAGUCAUUAAGGCACAUUUAGGAACUUUAUUGCCCAAUAACUCAAUACCUGAAGACUGCACUCAUUACCUUCAUUAUCUGGAGAAGCACAACAAAUCGGUCACUCCUGGUGGACUUGUACAAGAAGAGGAGGAGUAUGAUGACAUGGUAUGUCUUGACUGGACUGCACUGGCUCGUGUUCAGCUACGAAAACUGCCAUCCGUAGAUGAUGUGCAGUGUUACUCUGUGUGGUGGGAGGCAGCAAAGGAAGACUUCACCCUUAAAGACUGCCUGAAAGUUGGGGGAGAUCAAGGAGCUUGGUGGGGGGGAGGAGAGAUGUCAGAUGGGGGAUAUCCUGUCACUAAUGCAAAUGUCCCGCCCACCCAGAUGGUCACAGGCAAAUUAGGCAGAGACUCCUGGGGGCAGCUCCUGAGGCGUACAUGGCUUUCUGAAUUCUCCUCGCUCUUGUCACUUCCAGAUAGUUUCAAAGGCCAUGUUUCUGUCAAUUAUGAAAAUGAUGGCCAGAUUUGCUUGGAGUCUCGACCCCAGCCUUCUCUUUCAUAUAAGUUUCCAGUACUUAAGUAUUGGCUGUGUACAGCCCAAAAUCUUUCAGCUUUAACUUACCAUCUUCACACUGAAGCUCUAGCUCAGAAGAAGACAGAUGUACAACCUGUAAAGAAUGUUGCUGUGAGGAAACCAGAAGUUAAAGCAGAAAAUGUUACAGUGUCAGUAAAUGUUUCAUCUCCUAAAGAUCUACAAAUGGAGGAAGCAAAGGCCCGUGUCAAAGCAAGAAUAGACCAUCCUGUCUGGAUUCCAUGGAUGUCUCCAGAUCAACCUCUGCUAACCCAAGAUGCUAUCCUUCAGUAUGUUGAUAAGGUUGUCAAUCUGACCUAUGGAUACAAAGGUUAUGUUCUCCUUCCUCCAUCAUGGCAGUCCCAGCCUGGUGACCUGGUAUUUGAUCCCAAAAGAUUUCCAGAUCCUGUUGCUAUGGCCAGGAAAAUAGAAGAAAAAGGUUUUAAGAUGGCUUUGACUAUUCAUCCAUUUGUGAGUGUUGAUGCUCCAACAUUUAAUAAAGGGACUCAGGAAGGCCUCUGGAUACGCCAACGUAAGUCAGAUCUCCCUGCACUCACAAACUACGAGGACACCUAUCCAUCUGCUGUAACAGACUUUAGCAACCCAAGGGCUAAACACUGGUUCUCUGUGCAACUCAAAAAACUGAAAAGGAUGUAUAACAUUGACCGUUUCCAUCUGAAGCCUGCAGAUUCCCAUGAUCUUCCAGCCUACCAUGAAUAUCACAUGCCGAUUCCUGGUCCAGAUGCAAUACUGUCACAUUUCUUGGACUCUGUAAGUGCAGUAUCACCACCCAUCAGUACAGAAGGUGCUGUCAUGCCACCUGGAGCACCAACAUUCCUUACUCUUGGUAACUCCGAUGGGUCCUGGGAAGGGCUGGAGACACUUGUUCCGAGGGUGCUAACCCUAGCUAUGCUUGGGUUCCCUUUCGUUGAUGUGGGAGCAGUCGGUGGCAUAGCAAGAGCAGGACACAUUCCCAAUAGGGAACUUUACAUUCGUUGGAUGGAAGUAGCAACGUUUCUCCCAGCAAUGCAGAUAUGUGUACUGCCGGACAAGUAUGGCACAGAAAUGGCAGCCCUUGCAGAGAAAUACACCAAACUCCGGAAGACAGUCGUCCUGCCACGCCUAAGGAAAAAGAUACCUGAGGCUCUAGAAAAGGGAACUCCUCUCAUUACCCCCUUGGCUCUGUUUUCUCCAAAUGACCCAGUCGCGGCACAGGUUUCAGACGAAUGGAUCUUAGGAACUGAUCUGUUAGUUGCCCCAAUCACAAACAGAGGUCAAAGGUCUCGGAACAUUUACCUUCCAGCAGGCAUUUGGAAGGACGAGAUUGAUGGGCACUUGCUCCGAGGUGGGCGAUGGAUCAAAGAUUACAAGAUUCCCCUCACGAAAAUUGCAUACUUCACUUUCAAAUCCUUGCAUAAUGAUCCAGCGUGAGAGGCUAGACUUUAGUGUAAAUAAAGAAAAGUAUUAAAAGUGAUGACUAAAAAUACUAACAAUUUUUUUUAUGUCUUUCCUUUAGGUCAGGAAAGAAACUGUGCAUUACUUAGCAAUACCAAGCAAUAGAAACAAUUUCAUCCUCUCAGAUCAAAAGUUAUUACUUCGCAAGUUGUUAUUUGCAUUUGCUAAUAGUUCAGUUAUACAGUGAGUGUAUGGGAAACUUAUCAACCUUGUCUGUUGUGAUAAACGGUAGUAUCUUUUAAGUUGAUUUAAUUCUGCCAUUAAAGUAUUAUGCCACUUAUAAUUAUAUGGUAGAAGCAAGUUAGAUACAUUCUAAUAACUCUAACCAGACACUAAUUUAUAUCUAGGAUCUGUUGCUUUACAGAUUGAAAUUGAAAUGUUAUACGCAAUGUGUGUUCCAUUUUUGUAUAUUAGGUGCUACAACUAUUAUUCUGAGAUUAAAAAGACUUAUUGUAUAUACUUAUAGUUCUUAAAAUUCAUGUAUGUAGAUUAUGGUAUUUAUACUUACAUGAGAUACAAAUGCAAUCAUGAUUUUCAAAAGUGGAAUUCAAUGAUUUUAUGCUAAAGUAUGUCAGGGUUGUGAUAGUUAACAUAUGUUGUAUGUUAUGCAUUCUUGUACACUGUAGACAAUAGUUGCUACAAAUCUGUCUGGAGUGCAGAAUUGUUAAAGGUAAAGCUGUAAAAGAGAGUGUGUAAGAGACAAAAGUAAAAGUAUUUUUCAGUCUUUCAUCCAUGUGUAAAUGGUUCAAUUUGUACCAGGAAAUAUGGACUGUUGGGGUUGUUUUUCAUUUACAUAUUUGGUGCUGAAUUUUUAUUUGAAAUUGAAACUGAGAAUGCUUAAAGUGUCCUUAUAUGUAUGUGAUACAUUUGUAUAAAAAUACAAUUAAUUUAUGUAUGUGUGUUAAUAGGUUUCCUCGCCUGUAUGUAUAAAUGAGUAAUAAAAAAAAUAUGUGACUAUUUAUCUGAGCAUAGAUAAGAUUACAAGCAUACAGGUACUAUUGUACAAGAGGUAGAUGAGAUACAACUGUAGGGUUGAUAUUUUUAUACUAGUUCAAAAUUGAAAGUGUUUGUCCUAGGAAAGGUAUACUAGUAAAUAAGACAAACAGUGUGUCAUUAGAUCAGGAAGUAUUUUUAUGGGUCUUUGCUAAAGAAACUAUCAAAUAAGUGCUUAUCUGAUAUUUAAAUCUCACAUUUAAUUUCUGCUAAGUAACCUUUAUCAUUAAGGUUUAUUUAUGCCUCAUUUUUUAUCAUUUUGUUGUAUACUUGCAGUACAACAGGAAAAGAGAUUUAUGAAUUUUUUAAUACUCAAUUUGUUUAUUUAUUUAUUUUUUUUUAUCCAACCUAUCUCCAGAUAUUUUAGAAAAAAAAAAGUAAAAUGCUUUAAAAUGAAUAAAAGGAAUUGCCUUUUACUUUAAGGUUUCUUGCCCUAGAUAGGCUACAUUCUUGUUGAUGGAUGACUUAUUUAAAAAUAUUUGUUAAAAUAUUGACUUUGUCAGGUACUAGUGUGAAAUGGUAUAAUGAUUUGAAAGGUAUAAUUAGAGUAAGAAAUCUUGAUAGAGAUAGUCUGCUUAACUACAUACACACACUCAUGUACAUGUGUGCAAGCACACAACAAGCCCACCCACACACACUUACACAGACACAGACCCCCCCCCCCCCCCCCCCCACACACACACACUUUCUCACUCACUUCCACACUAACAUACAGAUAUCCAUUAAUUCAUUGUAGUCCUUUUUAUAUAAACAGGUGUGUGUAUAUACUGCAAGUGUAAAUUUCCCUUGAAAAUUUGUAUAUGAUUAAGAAUAAGUCCCUUUUUCUGAUUACUGUAAAGUAUUGCCCAGUGCCUUGUACUUUAUGUAAAUGAUGCUCCUUUUCUCAUUGUAUUCUUUUAUUUAAGUGCACUACAAAAACUUGCCUGAAUUACGAUAAUAUCUUGCCAGGUUCUUGUGCAUCAAAUUUAGUAUAGGUCUUAAUGUGCCAUCUUGGUUACUCAUCUAUUAUAGACAUUACUAUGCAGUGAAAUCACUUUGAUUAAUCAAAGUCUUUGGCUCCCUCAGUCAUUUUAAUGGAAGCAUCAAAGCUACUGUAUUUAGUAAAUCAAUAGUAAUGUAUUUCAUAAAAUUGGUUUAUGCCAAACUUACCUUUCUAACCAAAACACAGUUUUUAUUACUGUAUUUUCAUCUUUCAAAAAUACAUAUUAUUGUAUUGUUGUAACAGGGUUACCUUAGAAGAAACAAAUAUGGUACUAUGGUCAGCUUUUCAACUGGAGAUACAUUUCUUACCUUGGCCAAAAUGCCACAUUCCACUUUUUAUUUUGAGUGUGUGAAAGUCUGUUGUACAGUGGAUGUAGCAUGUUUAAUAUUCCCUUUUUUCUUUAGGGUUGUACAUAUGCAAACAUAUUUAAGUAGUGUGGUAGGUCUCUUCAUUCAGAUGUAUUUAUAAGAAAAAAACAACAACUAGGAAAUGCCCCAACUAAAUGGCAAGAAAAAGCUACUUACAUCAUGUACUAAAAUGCCUUCUGUUGUGAUAACUAUCUUAAAUAGGGACACAGAAUUCUUAGAAAAUUAUAGUUAACACUAAAAUGUCACAAAUUCUUAGACCUGAUGGAAGGUUGUUUCAUGUCUCUUUUUUCUAAUAUUUAGCUCAGACCUCAAUACCCCGUCCUUGGUUGCUGUUUUGUUUGGUGCUCAUUAACUACGUAUUUCACAGUUGUUAUUGGUUGUGUGUGUCAGUCUUGUGUCUCUUGAUGAUGUAUGUAAAUGCAGUAAUGUAUAUUGUUUAUAUAACUUGUUAAAAAAACAAAAUGAAUGUAA